ACAAUAUAUAAAAAAUAAUUCCUUUUCUUUUCCCCUUUUUUCUGCUCUUUUUAACAAUUUCUAUUCCGCAACCGCCAAAUCACAUUUAAACACGCCUUUUUUACAACAACAACAACAACAACAACAAACAUAAUACAAAAUGAAGGUAUCCGACUUGCUUAAUCCUGUGCCUAGCACACCUGCCAUGGUCACUCCUAUGCCUACGAGAAAACAUCAAUGCCAGCGCUCAAGAUGUAUUUCUUCACCCGCAUUAUCGUCUACCAUAGCAGCAGCGUCACCCUCUUUGGAUACUGUGAGAUCUUUGUCGUAUCCUCCUACCCACCUCGACCAUCCUAUGAUUGGCAAACCACGCAGUCGAUUUUCCGAAUAUGAAGACAACAUUAUCCGUCAAGGCGUGGCUCAAAGGUUAACAUGGGGACAAAUCUCUGAUUUACUACCGCAUCGUAAACGUGCCACCUGUUUCAAUCGUUAUCGAACGUUGCAAGGCAUCAGAAAAUCGCGUAAAUUAAGCAGUAGCAACAACAACAACAACAACAACAGUAAUAUCAACAACAGCCAUAGUCCCAUUCCGUUGACAUCGACUUUAUCCACCACGUCUUCCGAAGCCAGUUCACCCGAGAUGACCUCGAGUCCAACAAGUCCCGUUCCCUCUUGUUUCAAUGGACCUAGAACACCACCACCACCCCCCUCGCGUCAUACGUAUCCACCCAUUGCCACGGCUUCCACUUUACCUUCUUCUGAUAACGCCUCUCCUUUCCAGUGGUUCAAUUCCUCAGCUGAUAUCAUUUACGAUAAAGAACCACACACCUCCUCGUUACCACUACCAUCACCACCACCACGACGAUCCUUAUCGCCGCCCUCGCACACAACGGCUCGUUCUCCCUCUAUGACCACUGUUCGAUUUUCUUCAGCAUUAUAUCCACGUCAUUUUCAUGACCCUAUGACCAGCAACAGCAGUAGUAUCAGUAGGAUCGACUCUUCUUGUUCUUUUUCAAAUGAAGCAGAUAUCUUGGUCAAAAGAAGGAGACUGCCGUCAUUACAUUACCCAUCUCAACCUCAGCAUUCACUUCACUACCAUCCACGUCAUUCUGUUCGUGACAUGAGAACACCUCAGCCUUUCUACCCUCUUUAACACGAUCGAUAUCCCUCCACCACUCCACCUUGAAAAAAUGAUUCCCCUCUUUUAAAUAAACGCGUUUAUUCUAUAUCACCUUUCCCGCUUUACCGAAAAAAAAAAAAAGUCAAUAAAUCAAAUCCAUUCAUCCAUCCAUCAUGUGAAACCCACC